UAUUAAACAAAAUCUUCACAUAGGAAGCUGAACAGCAACUCUCUCUCGCCUUUCUUUGUAAUUAUACCCAGUAAGAGCUUCUGAAUUUCCCGGUGAUCGAAAUCUGAGGGACCUAUGUUCCCUGAAAAUUUUGAGAGAAAUUUCAGGCAACAUGCCUCGACCGCGGAGGCUGAUCAGAAUGUGGUCGUCGCCGUUAGAGCCGAGAAGGUGAUCUCCAAGACUGCAUUCGGUUGGGCUCUCACUCACGUAGUUCAUGCCGGCGACUGCAUAACGUUACUCGCCGUCUAUUCCGGCGGCACGAAAGGUCGGCGAUUAUGGAAAUUCGGGAGAUGGAGCGGAGAUUGUGAGAGCAGUCGCGGGGAAGUGUCGCCGGAUCGGAUACGCGAGAUCUCGGAAUCUUGUUCUCAGAUGGUUCUAAAGUUUUAUAACCAAAUCGAGGUAAGUGUGAGGAUAAAGGUUGUAUCAGCUACGCCUGCAGGGGCUGUGGCAGCACAAGCAAACAGCAAUGCAGCCAACUGGGUCGUACUGGACAAAAAAUUGAAGCAUGAGCAAAAGCAUUGCAUGGAUGAACUCCACUGCAACAUUGUUGUGAUGAAAGGCACUCAACCAAAAGUCCUUAGACUGAAUUUGACAUGCCCAAAUGAACUCCAGACCCCAUUCUUUUCUGCUUCUUCUUCACCAGAUUUGGAUGUUGGGGAAAUGCAAGGCCAUAGAAUAAAGCAUCAUUCAACUCCAGUGAGCAGCCCUGAAGUUUCAGUAUUAUCAAGUCCUGACACAGUGAGGUCCCUUUUCCUGGUAUAUGAAGAAAAUCCUCUUUUUGAAGAGCUGAACAAAGGAAGGUACACACCAAUCCAUAAGAUAGGCAGCUGGGAUGAUUCGCUUUCAGUGCAUGAAUUGGGUGGGGAGACACUGAUCAACCUAUCAAUGACCCCUGCAUCAUCUAUAAAGAGCAAUCAUAGGAGUAAAUUCUGGAUUUCUCAAAAUCAUUCCAUUGAUGGAAAGAGCCCGAUCACUAGAGACUACAGCAAUACGCCCAAAAUUAGACCUUCCACAACUCUACUUGAUAAGUUUGUCCAGUUUGAUCAAGAUAUGAUGAAUGGAGUAGGGCAAAACCAAACACAUAACAGAGAUGGCAUGUACAAGUCAAGUAUUAGAGACGCAAUCCCUUUGGGUAGAGCUUCCUCGACACCUCCACCAUUAUGUUCACAAUGCCAACACAAGGCACCAGUUUUUGGAAAACCUCCAAAACGCUUUGGAUAUGAAGACCUUGAGGAAGCUACGGAUGGAUUCUCUGAUAGAAAUUUCUUGGCAGAAGGAGGAUUUGGUUUGGUUCACCGGGGUGUUUUGAGGGAUGGCCAAGUGGUUGCAGUGAAGCAGUUAAAAUUUGCUGGAUCCCAAGGAGAUGCUGAUUUCUGCAGGGAAGUGCGGGUCUUGAGCUGCGCACAACAUCGUAAUGUUGUCUUGCUGAUUGGCUUUUGUAUUGAGGGCAAGACAAGAGUAUUGGUUUAUGAAUACAUAUGCAAUGGCUCUUUGGACUUCCAUUUACAUGGAAACAAAAGUAGUCCUCUAGAUUGGCAUUCACGACUAAAGAUAGCAAUCGGGACUGCACGAGGCUUAAGGUACCUUCAUGAAGAUUGUAGAGUGGGUUGUAUAGCACACAGAGACAUGCGUCCAAACAACAUUCUUUUAACCCAUGAUUUUGAACCACUGCUCAGUGAUUUUGGACUUGCUCGGCUGUACUGCGAGUGGGAAAAUAGUACAGAGGAUCGAGUCAUUGGAACUUCAGGGUAUCUUGCACCAGAGUACUUGGAAGGCGGCAAAAUUACAGAGAAAGUUGAUGCAUAUGCGUUUGGAGUGGUACUGCUAGAGCUAAUUAGAGGUCGAAAACCCAGCGAUCAGCAAUGGUACAAAGGCCAGCAUAUUUUAACUGAGUGCUUUGAUCCCCUGGGCGAAUUUGAAGCAAACCAUAUCUUAGCAGAAAAGGAUGGUUUUCUGGACCCAUGCUUGGCUACUGACCAGUUCAAUGACCUUCCCAAUGAAUUACGAGCAAUGUGUCGUGCUGCCUCCCUGUGUCUACGCCGAGAUCCUGAAGCCAGGCCCCCCAUGUCAAAGGUACUUAGGAUACUAGAAGGAGGAGACGCAGGCAGGCACAUGGGGCUGGACUCCAACACAAUUGGUAGUAGAAGUGGACAUAUGCGUGGUCUGAGCUCGCUCGCCCAGCCUGAAACAUGGAGAAGCCAUUCUCGAAAGCUUUCACACUGAAAAAAAUCCGAUUCUGCUCGAUCCAGGAUUACGAGAUCUGUUUUGUUCCAUCCAAUUCUGGUGUUUUUAGUAGAAACUGGUAGACAUAAAUUGCAGGUCUUCCUCUGUUUUUGUUUGCCCCUUUUAAAAUUGCGAUAUGGUUGUUUGCCAGGGACAUCAAGAUCGUCUUCGUUGUCAUCGUCAUUUUAUAGGGUAUAUUUUGUUGGGAGCUCCUAACGAGUGAGAGUUACAUCCGUGUACAGUUAAUUAAUUUGUUCACAAAUUAUUUGAGUGUGAAAAUGUGUUGCGGAAAUUAUUCCUAA